GUUGGUUCCUAUGCUGCCUCCGAACUGAGACAUCUUUUCAUCCUGUUCCCACAGCAAGCUCAGGAUAACAUCAUGAGUGUCCAGCUGCUGCGGAGGGAGGUUCUGCAGAACGUCUCGGGCGCUGAGAGCUGCUACCUCCUCCGUGCCCUGCUGAACUUCUACCUGAAUACCGUGUUCAGAAACUACCACAAGAAGGCAGCUGAACUCAGGAUCCUGAAGUCAUUCUCCACCCUGGCCAACAAUUUCAUUGUCAUCCUGUCGAAACUGCAGCCCAGCGUGAGUAGAACAAAGCUGGGACCAGGCACCAUGGGAAACGGUGUGUUUGGAGGAGACUCUGCUCCCCUUAGCUCAGUGGUUCUCAACCUGUGGGUCGCG